AUGAAGACUUAUCAUUUGAACAAUGACAUUAUUGUCACACAGGAACAGUUGGAUCAUUGGAAUGAACAAUUAAUCAAGCUAGAAACGCCACAGGAGAUCAUUGCAUGGUCUAUUGUAACUUUCCCUCACCUUUUCCAAACUACCGCCUUCGGCUUGACGGGUCUGGUUACUAUUGAUAUGCUGUCGAAGCUAUCUGAGAAAUAUCAUAUGCCAGAAUUAUUAUUUAUAGACACUUUGCAUCAUUUUCCACAAACUUUAACACUAAAGGACAAGAUCGAGAAAACAUACUACCAGCCCAAAAAUCAAACCAUUCACGUAUAUAAGCCGGAUGGAUGUGAAUCGGAGGCAGAUUUUGCGUCGAAAUACGGCGAUUUCUUAUGGGAGAAAGAUGAUGAUAAGUACGAUUAUCUGGCCAAAGUCGAACCUGCACACCGUGCCUACAAAGAAUUGCGUAUAAGUGCCGUCUUUACGGGUAGAAGAAAGUCACAAGGUUCUGCUCGCUCCCAACUGUCGAUUAUUGAAAUAGAUGAACUUAAUGGAAUUUUGAAAAUAAACCCGUUGAUCAAUUGGACAUUCGGGCAAGUUAAGCAGUAUAUAGAUGCAAACAAUGUACCAUACAACGAACUUUUGGAUCUUGGGUACAGAUCCAUUGGUGAUUACCAUUCCACACAACCCGUUAAGGAAGGUGAAGACGAAAGAGCGGGAAGAUGGAAGGGCAAGACCAAGACUGAGUGUGGAAUUCACGAGGCCAGCCGCUUCGCACAAUUUUUAAAGCAAGACGCCUAG